UAAAAUAAAGUCUAUCUAUCGAAUAUAUAUGAAGUACUUGAAGAGAAGUCUGUCGUUUAACCGAAACCGUUUUGGUUAAAUGAAAAAUACUUUGUUCUUGUUAAGAAAAUAGGUUGGUUCGAUUCAAGUGGCCAUAAAUUAGUAUAUGAAAAUAUAUCUAUAUAUAUAUAUAUAUAUAUAUAUAUGAUAUCGCUAUUGGAAUAAUACUUCUCAUAGAUCAAUGCAAGAGAAGAUGGGCAUGGAUGAUGGAAAUAAAAGAAUUAGGGGUAUGAUGAUGAUGAUAUUGUUGAUUAUGGUGGUUGUAGAGCAAGCAACCUCGUUCCAUCCUCAACCUCCCACUCUUGCACCCGCUCAACUUCCCCAUUUCUCUGGUUCACAAGAUUCUUGUAUACACGUAAUUUGUGCUUACAAAUGUGAGUUCAAAUGCUUAUGGAGGAGACCCUUUUCAGUUGAAUACAUGGAUUGUGUUGCUGAUUGUAUGCAAGAUUGCCUACCUCGUACUACAACAGAUGUCAACACCUUUACUCCUGCUUGCCCCAAAUUUGGAUUUGAGAAAAAUUUAGUAAGUGCCAGUCUAAAGGGCCAUGAAGUUCGAAGAAGAAAGCAACAUUGUUUGCCUGGUAUUGAGACAAAUCCUAUGGUGAUCUCCUCUUCAAAUGAAAAGAAUCGCAACUCCUCAGAUCAUGACAAAGAUCAUAGCCACCAUUCAGGACAAAGAUUUUUCUUUCCACAACAACCCAUAUGUACUUGUGUAUUGUGUAAAUCUGAGUGGGGAAAAUCAAUAAAGCUUUUCAUUACCUUUUGGACAAAUUGCUUAUUGUAUCAGACCUGUAGGACCAAAAGGGGUUCCUCCUUUUUUGUUCCUUUUGCUUCUCAGUGGUAUUUUCUUAAACACUCGAAAUGGAAAGGAGGGUUAGGCAAAAAAGUGGGACAAAAUUGUCCCAUCUUUUAUAACACUUGUUUGCCUAACUAGCUCCUCUACAUUUCAAAUAGAGGAUUCUAUUUCCACUGCACCAUGGCAAUUUUUGUGUUAUGGGUCUGCAAUGGAUACUAUCAGAAGGUAGAUGCAAGCUACUUGGAAGGGAAAGAACGCGUGUCAGCAACAAAUGGCUCAUCUGUUACAGGUGGAAGCUUCUAGAAUAGUUAUCCAUCCUUAUGUUACUAUCUUUGUAAUUUACAUUUUUGUCCUUAAGGAUCUGCAUUUUAUGCGGAUCAAGAUGCGUUUAAUAAGCAUCUUUUCUAUUCCAUUUUAUUUAGUAACAGAAGUCGUUUUAGGAGA